AAUUUCACUCGACAAUUGCAUUUUCCUUUAUUUCCCAUGCUCCUCUACUCAUGAUCGCCUCCAUUCACUCCCCUCGAUUACAGAACCCGUUCUCUGUAACUUUCCGGAUCUCUGCCGCGGGCAGUCGUCGAUUCAGUAGAUCUGGUGCCUUGGAGUUUGGUCGGAGGAGGAUGGAGUGGUUUCGCAGCAUCGGUAGCGGUUGUUUUAGGAACUCGGAGAGUAAAAGCGGGCUGAGAGUGGAGCAGGACAGUGGCGGGGAAGACGUGUUCAAUGUCUCCGCUGUCAAUUCUGGAACGCCACCGGAUCAUCUUGUUAUCAUGGUCAAUGGCAUCAUUGGAAGUGCUGCUGAUUGGAGAUUUGCUGCAGAAAAGUUUGUGAAGAAGCUACCUGAUAAAGUAAUAGUGCACCGAAGUGAAUGUAACUCCUCAAAGUUAACAUUUGAUGGCGUUGAUCUGAUGGGCGAGAGACUAGCUGAAGAGGUACUGGCAGUUGUCAGACACAGACCUGAGGUUCAGAAGAUCUCUUUUGUGGCUCACUCUUUAGGUGGUCUUGUUGCAAGAUAUGCUAUUGGAAGGCUCUAUGGGCAUUCUUCAAAACUAGAUCCAUUGGUUCACCAUGGGGGCUUAUUAAGUGAAGAGCAUACAAAAUCUUUAAUGCAAUGCCUUGAGCGGCCUUAUGAAGCUAGACUUGCUGGAUUGGAACCCAUGAAUUUUAUAACCUUUGCAACUCCGCAUCUUGGCUCAAGGGGACAUAAACAGCUUCCACUUCUGUGUGGUCUUUCUUUUCUUGAGAAGAGAGCAUCUCAAACUGCACAUUUGGUUGCAGGGAGGUCUGGGAAGCAUCUGUUCCUCACCGACAAUGAUGAUGGAAAACCCCCCCUCCUCCUUCGAAUGGUUAAUGAUUCUGAUGACCUGAAAUUCAUAUCAGCUUUGCGGGCAUUUAAGCGACGUGUAGCAUAUGCAAAUGCUAAUUAUGAUCAUAUGGUUGGGUGGAGAACAUCAUCAAUCCGGCGUCAACAUGAACUUCCAAAGUCCAAUCUUCUUGUAAUAGAUGAGAAAUAUCCACAUAUUGUAUAUGUUGAGCAAGAAACUAGAGAUAAUGAUAAAGCAUCUUCCACUGAUAGAAAACAAACAGGCAAUAUGGAAGAGGAGAUGAUACAAGGACUCACUCAAGUACCAUGGGAACGUGUGGAUGUUAGCUUUCAAAAAAGCAGACAGCGAUAUGUUGCUCAUACAACCAUUCAGGUGACGAGCUACUGGUUGAAUUCUGAUGGAGCAGAUGUAGUUUUCCACAUGAUAGACAAUUUUCUUCUCUAGUGAUAUACAAAUAUGGCAUCCUUUGCUUGGUCAUUCAGCAAUGGGUUAGAUUACUUAUUCUUUUUGCAUCAUGCAUGGUGUCACACUUGAAGAUAUUAUAUUGUAUUUUUUGUGUCAUUGUUGAAAUAUCUGGGAUGUUGCAAAGUUGUUGCUUAUCUCACUAUGUGCUUGUUGUCUUUCUUUUAUAAGGAUGCUGCUAAUUUAUUUCCUAUUUCGAAAAUGGAAUAUAUUUUAUUUGAAUUGUGUUAUAUUGUCAUACAAUUAGUGUACUUUGAGAUUAGGGUCUGGACAUGUGAUCUAGAAUUUGUGGGAAAUCAGAGUGAAUUGAAUUGAAACUCAAUGUUAUUCAGGUUGAAUGAAAGAGAAUGCACUUUUUUCUACCUUUUAUCAUAUCUGGCUGAGUAAUACUUUAAGACCACGUUUUAUUCAGCUGCUGCUACUAGAUACUUAAUGAUUUUUUCAUUUUUCUGAUAAGGAUAUUUAACAAUAUUUAUAGCUUGAUGGUUGGCUGAUCAUUCUUCAUUGGCAACAAGCAAUGUGUAUUAUAUUCUAAGUGUGGUUGCACCAUUAAUUUUUUGCCUACAAGUUGCACGAUUACUUUGAACUUCUUAUGAAGAUUAGAUUUUCAUAUCUUUGGAGACAGAAAACUGCUGAUGUCUUCUUUUGGCCUUCAAAACUGCUGAUGUUGAGAGAGCUUACUUAGUUGUGUCUAAAUAUGUGUGUAUGAGAGAGAAGCUACAUUGAUCUUGGCUAAAUGUGUUCUUGAGUUUCAUGAUUAAAUUAAUUUGAGGAUAAUAUGAGUAUAAUAGGUAUUUUCUUUUGGGAUUUGACAUGUAAAGUAACUUUUUUUUCGUAACACUUUCUUUUGCUCUCACAAUGUACUCUUUCAUAUCCACCAUCCCAUCUCAUCCUCAAUUUUGGUCACAGGAUAAGUCUAUGUCUUCAAAAACUUCUACCUGCUGCUUUUCUGUAGCCCUAAGUUUUUGAAUAAGGA